AUGGAUUCAGAACGACAAUACUCCACUGCUCCUUUUUUUUUCCAGUUCUUCACCAUGUCCUCCGCUCUAGAACCCAUUCCAGUACACCGGCAUCGCUGGGCGCAGGCCUUUGCUUUCAAUAGAAACUCCGAUCUUCCACCUGCGCCGGAGAUCACUAGUCCAGGAUGGAACCUACUAGUGGCUCUCGUGAUUGCUGGUUCUAUGGCAGGCGCAGGGUUAAUGAGAUCUUACAGCAGAAGAUCACACUCCCAGCUGAGUUGUGAGGCCGACUGCGUCUGUGACACCCCGAAAGUCCCACCUGAGAAGGGCGAUGCCAUUUUAUCACCAGGGAAAGGGGGGAAGCACACAUCGAUUGAUGCUCAAUCUGUGGGAAGGCGAAACGUGCGCAGAAGGAGUGCAUUACUAGCGACGAUUAUGCUGCUUCUCCUGUGCUAUGUCUUAUGGUUUUGGUCACGACCCAUCUCUGCUGCAUUGGAGGUGUUUCAAGUGUAUCAACCAGUUCACCCCAAACACGGUGAUGGUAUCCUGUGUGAUGAGGAGGUUCUGCUCGUGGAUCAUGUGUUUGGCUUCAGCUAUGGGCAUCCGUUUGUUGGUUAUUACGAGCCACCGCAAUGUGAGUUUGAUACAGUUCGGAUCAACCUCACUGUGACGUCUAGAGGACGGCAAUUUGAUCGACUUGCUCAUAUGUACCUCGGAGACAUUGAAGUAUUCCGAACUUCAACGGCAGAGCCUACGGCAAAUGGGAUAAUUUGGACUUACGUUAAAGACAUGUCACAGUAUACUGCCCUCUGGAAGGAACAACAGAAGGUCAUCUUUGAUCUCGGAAAUUUGGUAAACGAUAUCUACACCGGUUCCUUCAACGUGAGUGUGACAGCUCGCUUCUCGAAGGAGGAAAAUGUCAGAACUCCUAGCAUGGUUCUUCCAAUAUCAGCGCAGAACUCGGCACACAAUUCAUCAAGCGCAUUCAUGGUUCCGGCACAGGAAGCAAAAGUAGCUUAUGCGCUCGAUCCUCGGACCUCUCGUGCCGUUGUCUCAGUCUCAGCAUGUGGCCAAUCCACCGAAGAGUUCUGGUGGUCGAAUGUCUUCUCGUCUGACACCGAUGCAUUUGACCCCGCUGUUGGUGAACUUUACGGUUACUCACCUUUUCGUGAGAUCCAGCUCUAUAUUGACGGAGCACUUGCCGGCGUUGUUUGGCCUUUCCCGGUUAUUUUCACCGGGGGUGUUUCCCCGGGAUUUUGGCGCCCACUUGUCGGAAUUGACACGUUCGAUUUAAGAAGCCCUGAGAUUGAUAUCUCGCCCUUCUUGCCUCUUAUUACUGAUGGCGCAUCCCAUUCCUUUGAGCUCAAGGUUGUCGGCCUGGAAGUCUUGGAUAGUGGAGAGGCAGUAAUUUCCAACAGAGUGGGCUCCUACUGGGUGGUUUCAGGAAAUAUAUUUCUCUACCUAGAUCACAGCGCUGAUGAGAAAUUCCCUCGCAAUGUUAUGUUCGGUCAGGCUCCCGAAGUGACAGCACCCGCACCUACAUUGACCACCACCAGAAACCUUAUUCAAAAUCAGACCGGGUUCAAUGAAUCAUUGGCGUACUCAGUACGAGCUGAGAGAACACUUACUAUCAAGUCUAAUGAGUUUGUGUGGAGUCAAAAUCUCUCAUUCUCCAACAUUGGCCUAUUCAACCAGCAGGGACUAAGCCAACAGACACAACAACAAACAUCGGGAAUAGCCUUCUCUGGUCGGCUUGGGGAUGGCAGUAACCUCAACGAACUCAAUUUCGAAUAUCCGUUGAGGGUGAAUACCACCUAUGGUCAUCCGAAUGACGGGCUCUCGAUUGAUGCUUGGUUACAGAGAGGACUCAAGAUGGCCAGUAGGACUGGGAUGCCAGGUAUCUCGACCUACACUCUGGCCUCUGGCCCGGUUCACCUGCGAACUAGACAAUGGGGUCAAUCGUCGUAUCGGUCAAACGCAAGCAGCAGGAACUCGACUUCGUUUGGAGACACGAGUGAGUUGUUUGAAAGCAAUGCUGUGGGCGCAUUCUAUCAACGGUCUGUACGCGCAGUCAACGGGAGUGUUGUCUCGGACUCGGACAAUUCUUUGUAGAAGCGCUCAAGGCAAUAUGACUUUGUCAAGCUCCAAUAUCAGAAUGUUGAUCACUUGCCUGGACAGAUUGUAAACCUCUUCCUAGUAAACAAACCGUACAUAGAGAGAUAAGUUGGAUCACUUAUGCCUCUGAAGGGCAUUUUUCUGUUCAGGUAUUGCGUGCGCCCGGACAUUGGAGAAAGUCAAUGUCUUCGACGAGUCUUCAAUCUUGAUCUUCCUCCACAUCCACGUUAGCGAGUGGGUCCACUCCGAUAAGCUGUCC